AUGCACAGCAAUGGAUUGACCAUCAAUGACGUUAACUGCUUUUACUCAAUCGAGAAAAACUUUCAAUUCUUCCCAAAAGAUUUAGACAAAAUAUUCAAUAAUCUUGAAGGAAUUGUGAUUGCUAAUGCACACAUUAAGGAGGUUCAUCAGAAUGACUUGAAACCAUUCACUAAGCUAGUUCAUCUUGGUCUUCAUGUCAAUGAAAUCGAAAUUAUUGACGAGGAUUUAUUCAAAUUUAAUCCAAAUUUAAAAAUGAUUUCGUUGCGCGACAACAAAAUUAAGCAAAUUCACUCGAAAGUCUUUGACAAUUUGCCUCAUUUGGUUAAGUUAAGGCUGCUAGGCAAUCAAUGCAUUGACAAAGAUUCAGAAUUAAGUUCAAAAUCGGCUGGAGACAUCAUUAAGCUAGUCAAACUUCAAUGCACAAUAAGUGAGCAGCUCAACAUUGAAAAACAGAUCAAAAACCUCGAAAAUGACGUCAAUCACAUCAAAUUUGAAGAUUAUGAGGCAAACAGCACGAAAAUCGAAGAAAAUUUCACUAAAAUCGAAGCUCAAAUCAAAGAUUUAGGCUUGCCGAAGUCGCAUGAUUUGAGCGUCAUGCUGGAAAAUGUCAAAAAUGUCAAAAUUCCAUUUGUCGUGUCGCUGUUCAAAGAAAUUCAAAAUUCAUCCCAAAAAUCAUCAGACGACAUCCAUAAUUAUCAUGCAUCAAUAGUAAAUUUAGAUCAUCAAGUGUCAGCUUUUCAAGAAGACCUAGAAAGCAUUAAAUCAGAAGUUUAUUCAAAUUUCCAGGAGAUUCUAGACAACCUCGAUCAAAUGUCUGACAAAAUUGGACAAAAAGUUGAUGAGAAGUUUAAUGAAAUCACAAAAAGCAUGCAGACAGCUCAAGGUCAACUGUUUUCAAUGUUAAAUGACAAAAUAAAAAGCAUUGAAAAUGGCUUGAAUGAUUUCAGUCUGAAAUGUCAGGAAAAUAAUAAUUUUAAAAGGGGUCAUUCAUAAAUUAUGUUAAAUAAAAUG